AUGCAAGAAUACCUAAAGUUUGGAAAUCACACUACUGAUUCGAGUUUGAUAAAACAAUUAAAAGACAGUAUGGAAAAAGAGAAAAAGUAUAAAAAAGUUUGGGAAAUCCUUAUUAAGUAUGUUAAUGAUACAGAGCAUGACGACUUCAAAGGAUACAUUGAAGCAAAAUACGAGAAUAAACGUCCAGAAUGUGUAAAAAGAAUGCUGAUUGAGACUCGUUUGGAUGGGGAGGAAUAUAAAAAAUAUAUUGUUAACCGUAUAAAAUUGUAUGUUGAAAAUGACAAAUAUGAAGAAUUACUGUCUCUUCUAAUAGUCGAAAAUGGAAGAGAUUUAUUGGGGAUUAUAAAAAAGAUGAUUGAACAGAAUGAAUUGGGUAUUAAAUUUGAAUCAUUUAAAGAAAUAUUUGUCGAAAAAUUUAAACAAAACGGAAUAGAGAUUGGAAUUAAUCAAAACAAUGAAAAUUUGGAUGGGCAAGAAGUGAGUUAUCCGUCAUCUGAUACUUCAAGUUAUCCGCCAUCUGAUACUUCGAGUUAUCCGCCAUCUGAUACUUUGAGUUAUCCGACAUCUGAUACUUCGAGCCCGAUUUCAGGAAUCGAGUCAUUAAAAUUAAAGAGAGAGGAUGAGAAUUAA